UCACCAGCAGUAAUUCCUAACCGAAAGAUGUUAAAGUCACGAGGAAAAAUGACGGCUGAGAUUGUGCGGGUCGGCAACUCCCAUAUUCUUUUACCAACCGAAAUGAUAAUGCUAACCAACCGGUGAUAUUUUCACAGAGGAUCGUCCAGCUCAAAGUGCAGUCAUGACAACAACUGCCGUCGCCAACCAUCCUAGUAUUUUCACUCACCGGUCGCCGUUGCCGUCAUCCUCCUCAUCGCCGUCAUUUUUAUUCUUAAACCGUACGAGUUUUAUCCCCAACUUUUCCACCUCCAAGCGUAAUAGUGUCAAUUGCAAUGGCUGGAGAACACGAUGCUCCGUUGCCAAGGAUUAUACAGUUCCUCCUUCAGAAGUCGACGGCGACUCCGGUAAUCAGUUCCCGGAGCUGGAUUGUGUGGUAGUCGGAGCAGGAAUUAGUGGCCUCUGCAUUGCUAAGGUGAUUUCGGCUAAUUACCCUAAUUUGUUGGUGACAGAGGCGAGAGAUCGUGCCGGUGGUAACAUAACGACGGUGGAAAGAAAUGGAUACUUAUGGGAAGAAGGUCCCAACAGUUUCCAGCCAUCAGAUCCUAUGUUGACUAUGGCUGUAGAUUGUGGAUUGAAGGAUGAUUUGGUGUUGGGAGAUCCUGAUGCGCCUCGUUUCGUCUUGUGGAAGGGUAAACUAAGGCCUGUUCCCGGCAAGCUCACUGAUCUUCCCUUCUUUGAUUUGAUGAGUAUACCUGGCAAGCUGAGAGCUGGUUUUGGUGCCAUUGGCCUUCGCCCUUCACCUCCAGGUUAUGAGGAAUCAGUUGAGCAGUUCGUGCGUCGUAAUCUUGGUGACGAAGUCUUUGAACGUUUGAUUGAACCAUUUUGUUCUGGUGUUUACGCCGGUGACCCCUCAAAACUGAGUAUGAAAGCAGCAUUUGGGAAAGUGUGGAAGCUGGAACAAACUGGUGGUAGCAUUAUUGGGGGAACCUUUAAAGCAAUAAAGGAGAGAUCCAGUACACCUAAACCGCCUCGUGAUCCGCGUUUACCAACACCAAAAGGACAAACAGUUGGAUCAUUCAGGAAGGGUCUGAGAAUGCUGCCGGAUGCAAUCUGUGCAAGACUGGGAAGCAAAGUAAAACUUUCAUGGAAGCUUUCUAGCAUUACAAAGUCAGAAAAAGGAGGAUAUCACUUGACAUACGAGACACCAGAAGGAGUUGUUUCUCUGCAAAGUCGAAGCAUUGUCAUGACUGUCCCAUCCUAUGUAGCAAGCAACAUAUUACGUCCUCUUUCGGUCGCCGCGGCAGAUGCACUUUCAAAUUUCUACUAUCCCCCAGUUGCAGCAGUGACAAUUUCAUAUCCUCAAGAGGCUAUUCGUGAUGAGCGUCUGGUUGAUGGUGAACUAAAGGGAUUUGGGCAGUUGCAUCCACGUUCACAGGGAGUGGAAACACUAGGAACAAUAUAUAGUUCAUCACUCUUCCCUAACCGUGCCCCAAAUGGUCGGGUGCUACUCUUGAACUACAUUGGAGGAGCAACAAAUACUGAAAUUGUGUCCAAGACGGAGAGCCAACUUGUGGAAGCAGUUGACCGUGACCUCAGAAAGAUGCUUAUAAAACCCAAAGCACAAGAUCCCCUUGUUACAGGUGUGCGAGUAUGGCCACAAGCUAUCCCACAGUUUUUGGUUGGUCAUCUGGAUACACUAGGUACUGCAAAAGCUGCUCUAAGUGAUAAUGGGCUUGACGGACUGUUCCUUGGGGGUAAUUAUGUGUCUGGUGUGGCAUUGGGGAGGUGUGUUGAAGGUGCUUACGAAAUAGCAUCUGAAGUAACUGGAUUUCUGUCUCAGUAUGCAUACAAAUGAAACCUACUCUUGGGGUUACUGUUAGGUCCAAACCUUGUUAGUAAUACCAUUAUGCCUUUUGGAAUAUUGACAUGUGCCUAAAAGUUUUGCUUAUUAGAGUUAUUUUAGCCUUGGUAAAUGAUUUGUGCUUGA